UCUGGGUUAAGUUAGGAUUAGGCAAACACUGGCUCAAUUUCUCGAUAUUAUCUCACUAUCUUUAUUUCACUUUAUUUUCAUGUUUGCUCGGGUACUGAGAUGAAGCAGAUCAACGAGACUCAGUCAUGAGUGGACCAACUCCUGCCAAACCUCCCACACCACCACCUCUCCCUCCACCAUCCAAGAGAAGGCAUAUGGAUCAAAGACCCUCACAAUAUCUUGCCAACUUAGAAGCAGCUGGCGACAAUGUCUGGGAAACCACCACGACUACUUUGGCAUCGCCGAAGCGGUAUACGCCGAUGGUCUACUUCUUCUACGGCACUCUCACGCGGCCCGACAUUUUAAAGCGUAUCCUGGACUUAGACCACGAACCCGUCCUGCGACCGGCCAAGAUCAUCGGAUACUCGCUCACAAAAUGGGGGGAUUACAAGGCCCUUGUGGAUGGCGAACCCGGCGAGGAAGUGGCGGGAAUGGCGUACGAGGUUAGGUCGCCUGAGCACGAGUACAAGCUGGCGUACUACGAGACGAACGCGUACGAGCUCGUUCCUUGCCUUAUUGACUUCACCGACGGGCGACAGCCGAGCCAGGUUUUCGGGAGCACUUUUAAGUACGCUGGUGAUGCGGCGGCGCUGAGGGAAGGGAGGUUCGAUAGGAAGUUGUGGGAGUUUCGUAUGGGCUCUAGGUUGCCGGAAGAGAAAGGGGUGGCUAAGGCGGUCUAGGUCGGGGUAAGCGUUGAGUGAGGUCG